CGGCCGCACACAAAUGUCUGGGCCUUGACGCCGAGUGGCCGCACAUUUGCGUUCAUGUAAGAAAAAACAUAUGUGCCGAGAGUGCGCGCCCUGCACGCUCCCAGCACACAUGUGCAGUACUCACGGAAAGGUCCUGGUCCGCUCUUUCAAUUGGGACCUUUCCCGAUCAUGUGACCGCCGUGACAACGCGUCAUGGUCACAUGCUCCCUAAACCCUGCCCCGCCUCCUGGCGUCUGAAACUCUUAAAGGGCCGGGAGGCGCCGGCGGGAAGGGGUUAA